AUGCUGUCUCCGUUUGCCUAUCCAACUGUCUCCACCCAGCAGCAGCAGCAGCAGCAGCAGCAGCAGCAGCAACAGCAGCAGCAGCAGCAGCAGCAGCACUCCACCCAGCAGCAGCAGCAGCAGCAGCAGCAGCAGCAGCAACAGCAGCAGCAGCAGCAGCAGCAGCUGCAGGUUUGGGGUUUCGGCAAUUCUCUAUGUCCCCCUUAUUUCGGGGUAUCUGCCCCCUCAACAGCACCUUCAGCACCAGCAGCACCAGCACCAGCAGCAGCAGCAGCAGCAGCAGCAGCAGCAGCAGCAGCAGCAGGCCCCGCAGGCAGCGUAGCCAACGAAGUUGCUGCCUUCAUUCUUUCUUCUCCGCCUGAUUUGCUGCUGCAGUUCGCCGGCCUUCGAUUCCCAGCUAACAAAAUUGCUCUUGCCGCGUGCUCCAAGGUGUUCAUUCUUUCUUCUCCGCCUGAUUUGCUGCUGCAGUUCGCCGGCCUUCGAUUCCCAGCUAACAAAAUCGCUCUUGCCGCGUGCUCCAAGGUUUUCCGCGCCAUGCUGUCGGGCAAAUUCAGAGAAGGGAAUCUCAUCGCCUCGUCGAAGCCACUGGAGCAGCAGCAGCAGCAGCAGCAGCAGCAGGACGUACAGCAGCAGCAGCAGCAGCAGCAGCAGCAGCAACAGCUGCUGCAGCAGCAGCAGCCAGUGCUGGAGCUGCCCCUGACGGGGAUAACAGCAAACGCGCUGUUCAAUCUGCUGCAGUGCAUUCACACAGAUAAUUGUGAGGCCUUGUCAGGGAAGAGUGGGUCUAUGGAGGCCGUCCUUGAGCUCCUCGUUGCUGCUGACCUCUACGACGUACCAAGUGUAUACUGGCGUUGCGUGGACUCUGCGCGGCGCCUUUUAUCGAAAACAAAUUUCACUGCGGCGCUGCUGACGGCGCAGCGCAUCAGCUGCACUCCUCUACUGAAUUCAGGGUUUUGCAUUGGAUGGUUGCUGGAGGGUCUCGAUGAAGGAGUUUGCGGCUGCACUCCUCUACUGAAUUCAGUGAAGGAGUUUGCUAACAGCUUGCCGGGGGCUGUUGUGGCGCAGCGGAUGCUGCGGGCCUUCGAGGCCACUGAGUGUAGAAAGAGGCCGCUGCAGCAGCAGCAGCAGCAGCAGCAGCAGCAGCAGCAGCAGCAGCAGCAGCAGCAGCACAAGCAGAAGAGGUUGCAUGUCACGCCGAGUGCAGAACAUCUGCAGCAGCAGCAGCAACAGCAGCAGCAGCAACAGCAGCAGCAACAGCAGCAGCAGCAGCAGCAGCAGCAGCAGCAGCAGCAGCAGCAGCACAAGCAGAAGAGGUUGCAUGUGACGCCGAGUGCAGACCAUCUGCAGCAGCAGCAGCAACAGCAGCAGCAGCAGCAACAGCAGCAGCAGCAGCAGCAGCAGAUGGAGGAGAUGCCGUUCCGAGAACCCCGCAGGCCCUGUAUAUCUAUCCCCACAGCAGCAGCAGCAGCAGCAGCAACGACAGCAGCAGCAGCAGCAACACCAGCAGCAGCAGCAGCAGCAGCAGCAGCACCCAGCCACCCGCUGUUCCAGACAGAGGAGACAGAUGCUUCGCUCUCUGAUGUAGAGGGGUGUUUAGCAGAAGAAGCAGCAGCAGCACCAGCAGCAGCAGCAGCAGCAGCAGCAGCAGCAGCAGCAGCAAGAGCAGCAGCAACAUCAAGGGAGGCUCUUCAUAAUAGAGCACAAGAAGAGGAAAUAGAAGCAGCAGCAGCAACAACAGCAGCAGCAGCAGGUAAUGCUGCAGCAGCAGCACCGCCAACAGCAGCAGCAGAAGCGAGAGCAGCAGGUGAUGCUGCAGCAGCAGCACCACCAACAGCAGCAGCAGCAGCAGCAGCAGCAGAAAGCAUGCAUGUAGGGAGCGAUGGAGUAGAACAUGCAGCAAGAGAGGAGGGAUGCUCUGCUGCUGCGCCUGCUGCUGCUGCUGCUGCUCCUGCUGCUGCUGGUGCUGCAGCAGCUGUUGCUUGUGGCAGCAGCAGCAGCAGCAGCAGCAACAGCAGCAGCAGCAGCAGCAACAGCACGCACAGGCGGCGUCACUGCGGUGCUGAGUCAUCUCCCUGCUCUGCUGCUCGCAGCGAUGCAUGCAGCUCCAGCCCCAGCAGCAGCAGCAGCAGGUGUUUAGCAGAAGAAGCAGCAGCAGCACCAGCAGCAGCAGCAGCAGCAGCAGCAGCAGCAGCAGCACCAGCAGCAAGAGCAGCAGCAACAUCAAAGGAAGCUCUUCAUAAUAGAGCACAAGAAGAGGAAAUAGAAGCAGCAGCAGCAACAGCAGCAGCAGCAGCAGGUAAUGCUGCAGCAGCAGCACCGCCAAUAGCAGCAGCAGAGACGAGAGCAGCAGGUGAUGCUGCAGCAGCAGCACCACCAACAGCAGCAGCAGCAGCAGCAGCAGAAAGCAUGCAUGUAGGGAGCGAUGGAGUAGAACAUGCAGCAAGAGAAGAGGGAUGCUCUGCUGCUGCGCCUGCUGCUGAUGCUGCUGCUCCUGCUGCUG